GUAGCCAAUUUCUCUCUUUCUCUCUCUCUUCCGAGGCCUUUUGUGCUCUGGUUCAGCUCAGAUCAGAAUGCUCAUCGCUCGUUGUAACACACUUGUCUCUCUUCUGAUUCGCGAGUACUAAGAAAUACUCCGAUUAACUCUGAUUUUCUUCUUCAAGAUGAAUUUUUAAAUGUCUGUUACCCACAAUUUUCACAGUUAUAUCCAUGUUUUCUGAACCUCCUUUCUUUUUUUCUCCAUGUAAAGAUCAAUUCUUGAAGUUGUGUCAGACCCAUUUCUCCUUUGAGUUUAUUUGAUUAGUUUGAACCCCUCUAUCUCUCUCUUUAAUGCUGUAUUAAUUGAUCUCCCUAUUCAUUCUUUUAGUUUGCGGUUCCUGCCAUUUUUACCAAAACUCUUUACUUAUGCCAAUUUGUUUGUGGACAUUGGAUUUGGUUGUUGGAAAGUUUUCGCAGCUUAAUUGAUUUAUGUUUUCUGUUUAGGCAUUGGGUUUGAUUUGGUAUCCAUUUUGGUUUAGGGUUUUUUUUCUUUUCAAAAUUGUGCAUUUUGUUGAUUUUCCAUCUUCCCUUCUUUAGUGGUUCAUAUGUUGGGAAACUCUUCUCUGCUUCCAUAGCUGAAACUCCUUGCUUCACUUCGGGUCUGUGUUUUUGAGAGAUCAAUGCUUAAACCAUAACCCUUUCUGCUAAAUUCAUUUCAAAGCUGACAAAGAAAAUGAGGAAAACUAUCAAUGUUCACUCCGCAAGGGUUUUCGGUGACCGAAGGUGGAAAGUUCCAUUCUUUCUGAGCUUGCUUUUAUCCCUAACACUGUUUAUGGCAAUUAUUUUCGGGCUGUAUGUUUCGUCAUAUGGCAAGGAACCGGUGGAACUUGAUGGUACAUCUCUCAGUGAGUUAGAAGACUCUGGUGAGUACUUCGUUGACUCAGAGCUGAGGUCAGCAAUGAUGAAUGUGAGCCCGAAAACCGAACCGCCUAGGUUUGCUUAUCUCAUAUCGGGUACGAAGGGCGACAGUCAAAGGUUGUUGAGGACUUUGAGGGCUGUUUAUCACCCGAGAAAUCGGUACAUACUGCAUAUGGACCUCGAGGCCCCACCUCGUGAAAGGUUGAACUUGACAAUGUCAGUGAAGAGCGAUCCGACUUUCCAUCAAGUGAAGAAUGUCCGAGUGAUGGAACAGUCUAAUUUAGUGACUUACAAAGGACCUACGAUGAUUGCCACUACCCUACAAGCUAUAGCCAUUAUGUUGAAAGAAAGUUUGGAUUGGGAUUGGUUUAUCAAUCUUAGUGCUUCUGAUUACCCUCUCAUGACACAAGACGAUAUCCUUCAUGUUUUCUCCAAUUUGUCCAGAGAUUUGAAUUUCAUUGAACACAUGCAGCUGUAUGGGUGGAAACUGAAUCAGAGAGCAAAACCCAUAAUUGUUGAUCCUGGUCUUUAUCUAUCUAAGAAAUCUGAUCUCGCUUUUACUUCUCAACGCCGAUCACUUCCAACAUCUUUUAAGCUGUUUACAGGGUCAGCGUGGGUAAUACUGACGCGGUCGUUCUUGGAGUACUGCAUAUGGGGAUGGGACAACCUCCCGCGGACACUUCUCAUGUACUACACCAAUUUCAUAUCUUCGCCGGAAGGCUACUUCCACACCAUCAUCUGCAACAGUGACGAGUUUCGCGACACCGCGAUUGGUCACGACCUGCACUACAUUGCUUGGGACUACCCUCCCAAACAGCACCCCAUCUCCCUAACCCUCAAGGACUUCAAUGCCAUGGUCAACAGCAGUGCCGCGUUCGCCAGAAAGUUCCGGAAGGAUGACCCGGUUCUGGACAAGAUUGACCGCGAGCUGUUGGGCAGUGGCGGUGCCAACCGGUUUGUGCCAGGGGGUUGGUGUGUCGGGAGUGUGGAAGAUGGUGAUCCUUGUUUGGUGGUUGGUGAUGAUUCGGUGUUCAGGCCGGGUCGCGGCGCGAAGAGGCUGGAGAGCCUGAUGCAGAGGCUGAUGUCACAAGAUUUUCGUAGCAAACAAUGUUUGGCUAAGAACUGAGAGAACAUAAUUUGUACAUUGCUGUAAAACCAUAUAGGUCAAUAGUAAGGUGAAAUGGUCCAUUAGCUGCUCAUUUUGUAAUACAAACAUGGGUAGAUU